AUGAGGCUUUCUCUUCAUUUCAUAUCGACGGGCUUGCUAUGCCUCUGCGCUCGGGCCGCUUCUGUUCCAUCCAAUGUCUCCACUUCGAGUACUUCCACAUCCUACCCUCGUAUCUUCGUUGUCACAGAUAUUUCCAAUGAACCGGAUGAUCAAAUGUCUUUGGUUCGGCUGUUACUCCAUUCGGAUAUUCUGUCAAUCCAAGGCAUCUCGACGACAACUUCUUACUGGCUCAACGACACUACAUAUCCUGAGCAUAUCUUGGACGUUGUCAACGCAUACGAGAAUGUGACCUCGAAUCUCAAUACUCAUAGUGAGAGUAGGUUUCCAAGUGCCAGCAGUAUCCGUUCGGUAGUCAAAGCCGGACAUUCCGUCUACGGUCUUGCCGCCUUGGACAACGCUACGCUCUCAACUGGUGCAGAGCUACUGAUCUCGGCUACUGCCAACUCGAACGAGACACUGCAUGUCCUACUGUGGGGCGGUGCAAAUGUCCUUGCGGAGGCUCUGAACUACGUCAAUCGUACGAGUUCGCAAGAAAAUACUAAUAUCUUUGUCGGUCGACUUCAUGUAUACUCUAUUUCUGAUCAGGAUGAUGCUGGUCCAUGGAUUCGCAAGAACUUUCCUCAGAUCCCAUACAUUGCUUCUAUACAUGGGUUCAACAUGUACAACAAUGCUGCAUGGACGGGCAUAAGUGGCGAUCUCUUGUAUGCUUUCGAUGCCGGCGGUCCUGAUUCGACUCUUGUCGACGAUACCUACAUCCGUAACAACUUCCAGCUUGGUCCACUAGGAGCAAAGUAUCCCGACAGAGCCUACAUCAUGGAAGGCGAUAGCCCGUCGUUACUCUCAGUCAUUCCGAAUGGUCUCAACGAACCUUCUCGUCCCGAAUAUGGUGGCUGGGGUGGCAGAUACAUUCUAUCUGACAUAUCUGGUACUUCGAAGCAUUACGCGGACACGAUUGACAGAGUAGUGGGAAUCAGCGGAAAUACUUUGGUCUCGAACAAGGCUACCAUUUGGAGGUGGCGUAGUGCGUACCAGAAUGAGAUGAGUGCUCGUGUGCAGUGGUCUCUUUCAUCCAACUACAGCUCUGCCACACAUCCACCUAAAAUCAGUCUCAACGAAACUACAGGCACCAACCCGUAUUCGUUGAUCGUUCAGCCAGAACAAAGCGUUGUCUUGGAUGCUUCGGCCACCAUUGAUCCGGAUAGUAACUCGAGCUCCACGCUAACGUUCGACUGGAUGCACUACAAGGACGUCACGGCCAGCAAUCAAUACAACGCAAACGCACAGAUCCCCCAGCUCAACUUUACAUGCUUGAAUCAGGCUUGCUCGACCAUUCAGACCAUGAUGCCAAGUGACGCGCUUGCUUGUCCGCAGACUGGCUGUCAGACUUACCAUGUUAUUCUGUCGGUCAAAGGACAAAGUGCAACUCCAAUCACGAGAUAUAGGAGGAUCAUUUUCGAGAUGCAAGGAAAGUCAGCCUGA